GUGGGUGGAAAAGUCCACGUGACAUUGGUGGAAGAUGGAUUUCCCAGAAGACUUGUUGGCUGAGCUGGAGUUCUACAAUGGAUCACUUUUCCACAACAACUUCAGCAGUGUCUACAAUGAGACGGAUCCACUCGUGCCAACAGGGGUGAAGGUCACCAUAGUUGUGGUCUACAUGAUUGUCUGCGUCAUUGGCCUCGUGGGAAAUUUCCUAGUGAUGUAUGUCAUCAUAAGAUACACGAAGAUGAAAACAGCCACAAACAUUUACAUCUUUAACCUGGCUCUGGCUGACUCCUUGUUCCUGGCUACUCUACCUUUUCAGGGCACAGAUGUGUUCCUGGGCUUUUGGCCCUUUGGGAAUGCCUUGUGUAAGACGGUGGUGUCUAUCGACUACUACAACAUGUUUACCAGCACCUUUACCCUGACAGUGAUGAGCAUGGACAGGUAUGUGGCAGUCUGCCACCCUGUGAAAGCACUGGACAUGAGGACCCCCCACAAGGCAAAGGUGGUGAACAUCUGUGUGUGGGUACUGGCUUCGGUCUUUGGAGUCCCUGCAAUGGUCUUGGGAAAUGUAGAGGUGGAACGAGAACAUAACAUUGUCGAGUGCAUUCUAGCUAUACCUGAGCCAAAGACACACUGGGAACCUGUUUUUGGCACCUGUGUCUUCCUCUUCUCCUUCUUGAUUCCUGUGGCUAUUAUCAGCAUCUGCUACAGUCUGAUGGUGAAACGCCUGCGAAAUGUUCGCAUCCUGUCUGGCUCCAAGGAAAAGGAUCGCAACCUACGGCGCAUCACUAGGAUGGUCCUGGUUGUUGUGGCUGUGUUUGUUGUUUGUUGGACUCCCAUCCAGAUCAUGGUCCUGGCUCAGUGCCUGGGCUUGAACCUGAGCAGUUUGUACACGCUGAUGCACUUCUUCAUCGCCCUGGGCUAUGUCAACAGCAGCUUGAAUCCUGUUCUCUAUGCCUUCCUAGAUGAGAACUUUAAGCGCUGCUUCCGUGAGUUCUGCCAGCCUUCUCCAUUCCGCCUCGACACCCAGCAGUCAAGCAGGAUGAGGAGCAUCGCCAGGGAGGUGGCAGCAGCCUACAGCUGCAAGACCGGAGAUGGUGGGGGACUAGGGGGUGGGACGCCUAAUCCAGCAUGACUAGGCGUGGAACUCCCUUUGAUGGGGAUAGAACCCCCACAAAAGGGAGAGACCCAUGGGAGCUCCAACACAGAAUUGACUCAAAUCACAGCCCUCUAGCGGCACGAGCCCUCCCGCCCUACAACUCGGAGACUAGCCUGGGGCGGGGGGGAUGGAGAUGAGGAGGAUGGGGUUGAAAGGAAAAGAAUUUAGCCUAGGUGUAAAAAAAUUAUUCAUCAUUAGGGGGGAAUGAUACAUACAUUGAAAUUCUCUGUGCCUGAUUUGGAUGUAGCUCAACCCACAACCCUAAAUGUAGAUGGCUAACUAAUUUAGACUGGUUGAGAUGAGGUGAUUCAUUCUGAAUCCAAAUAGUAAAACCUUAAGAAAGUUGCUUAAGGACCUAACUACAGUCCCAAAAGUUCUUGAAGUGUCUUGUUUUUGGUUUUAGCUCUAGAAAAGUUUCCUGAGCUGAAGAGGGUUCUGCUGAGUGAGUCUGUUUAUUGCUGCGUCGCCACAAAACUGCCAGACAGUAUACACACAUUUGAAUGUGUGUUUAAACAACAAAGGAUUUAUAGUGCUUCAGAUACAAAAUCUAUGAAACUCUAAUCACUACUUUGAUUAUCUUUGGUAGUUGAGGACUGUGCAUCUUUUAAUGAACAGGUUGCAGCUCUGUAGCAGUUAGGACCAUGAACUACAGACUGGCCAGAGUUGUGCCAUCAAAUGUCAGAAACACACUUUUACUACAGUUUACAUUGUAUUUGUUGUAGAUAAAUUUUGGUUUUAAGGCCUUUUGGUCAUGAGUGUUGAUUUAAAGAACAAAAUAUGUCCAAUAACAUCUCCAGCAUAAAGACACUGCUGUCCUAGUCUUGCUCAUAUGAUUCUAGUAUUAAUCUGCAGCUCCCCUCUUUUAACUCACAUGUUGUUUUCUUUGUGAGGUCAGAGACUGGAUGACAGAUCUGCAUGCAAGGAUGAGGGUGGAGUUCAAACAACAUGAGGCCAAAUAGGCUUGGCAUGUGUUAAACAGUAUAUGUGGGCACAAACUCAAUAACAAACAGUAACGCUCACAUAGUAUGUCAGAUUUUAUCAACAUAUCCUGGAGCAAAGUAAACCUAAGAAAUGUUGUCCUACUGCAAGUUUGACAAUGUGUUUAUGGGGAACUUUCAGCCUUGAUGUUAUUUCGUCGUUCUGGUACUUUUGAAGCUUUGGUCAGUUUGUACUGACAUUUUUUGGGUAUUACAAGAAGCCACUUCUGAAAUCCACUUUUCCCACAUCUUCUUGCCUCGGUGACGUAUGUUUGUUAUUUACCACCAUUUACCAUAGGCUGCUGACCAACUAUUAGCAUAGAUGCUAACUUAACACUGAAAAUAUCAAAGACAAGCUGACAUGACAAACAGUAUUUAUCACUGAAAAUUUAUACACAAAUCAAACAACUCAAAGUCAAGUUCUGUUAACUUCUGCUAAACCUGAAUAUUCUUCAGGAGUCAGUGAAGGAAAAAUGAAAAAUAUAUGAGAACACAACUUUACUGCAAUAUGAUUCUACUAGACAGUACUACAGUAAGCUAGGACAAUUACAGAACCCUAAAAUCAUUAGGAUUAAGGUAUUCUUAAGGC